UUGGACAAACGUUUCACCCCAAAAAGAGAUUUCGCGGCCCGCCCCCUUCGCUCAAUUUUCGCCCCAAAACUUGAUGAACUUGUUUGUGACGGUUUUUUUUAAUCCGGACGAACAACUCACUAAUCGCGAUGUUUUGCUCUCACGACUUGGAGUCUUCAUUUAGUGAACCGGGAGCUCGCGUGUCUAGCGAUGCGCUAAACUUGUGCUUGGAGUCGCGUUUGCGACAGUGGUGACAGGCAGGCAGGCAGGCAGGCAGGAAGGCGGCACCGAAAAGCCUUCAACUUGUGUAAUCGGCUGCUGCACAAGUUGCGCGGUGACGUCGAACGUCAACACCAGGUCUACUAGUAGCUGCGGAUGUUGCCGUCGCAACCAUGGAGAGUACUGCCAUCUUCUUGGACCCGGACCCAGAUGGCAGCGCCGCUCCUAGAUGCACCCUGGCGUCCGUAAGACGGCGGGCCUGGGCCAAGAGUAGGGACUCCACUUGGCAGGAAACGCAAAAAGUCCAGACGUUUGAAUCCCAGCAGAAAUCCCCUCACGAAGUCCCGCCGGACUGCAGUGAGUCCAACAGAGCUCCGAAGAAGACCUCUGAAGAACCAGGACCCAACAAGAUCACCUGCUGGCUUGACCAAUGCAGGACGCCGCUGGCCGUGUCGCUAGACGAUCAGAGCGCACCGGCGUGCAAAGGGGCGGCCAGGAACGGCUGCAGCUUUGAAGAUGACCUUUCGCUGGGAGCUGAAGCCGACCAUCUUCAGUCCAUCGACAAGAAGACGGGAACCCGUGGCGGUCUGGCCGCCGAUCAGAAGAGGGGUCAGUACAAAGAAAAAGGCCGAAGUAUGAAUUCCACCGGCUCCGGAAAGAGCAGCACCGUGUCCAGCGUGUCGGAGCUGCUGGACCUGUACGAGGAAGACCCGGAGGAGAUCCUGCUGAAUUUGGGUUUCGGGAGGGACGAGCCCGACAUGUCCUCCAAGAUCCCCUCGCGCUUCUUCAGCAGCUCGUCGGCGGCGCGGGGCAUCGACAUCAAGGUGUACCUGGGAGCUCAACUUCAGCGGAUGGAGCUGGAGAACCCCAACUACGCUCUGACAAGUCGCUUCCGUCAGAUCGAGGUCUUGACCACGGUGGCCAAUCAGUUCAUCCAGCUUUACGGCCACGUGUCGGGCCAGCCCGUCCAGAACGUUGGCGGCGGCGGCGGCGGCGGCGGCAGAGAUCAAGCAGGUGGAGAGGUCGUCAAGGAGCCCGGGGCGCCCUCGCUUUUCCAGAGGAAGAAAUCGGCUCAGAAUGUGGCCGACCGUCUGAAGAAGAGCCUGAGCAAGCACAACCUGCUGACGGCGUCGCCGGGCCGGCCGGCCGACGGGGCGCCGCCCGCCCCCGCCGAAGCGCCGGACGUGGCCGACGGGGACGCGCGGCCCGCCGACAAGCACGUCCGCAAGAAGGACGGCUGCUCGCUGGCCACCGUCACCGAGGAAGGCGAGAAGGAGCGGCGCGCGCACCCCCGGCAAAACGGCGGCGAACCCGAAUCGGACGGUCCGAGCGCAGAUGACCCGCGGGCCCCCGAGAAGGCGCUGGCGCCGACCCUGCUGGCUCAGCUGCGCACGGAGAACGCCGACUCUUUUGACAUGGAGGAGAUUCAGAGUAUCGAAGGCGAAGCUCUCCUGUCCGGAACGUCCAGAAGCUCGGACCUGCUGCGGACGACGAGCCAGCAGUCGGACAGCAGCGGCUUCGCCGAGGAGACGUCCUCGCCGGACGCCGCCGGCAACCUCAAGGUUCAGGAGAGCAGCGACAGCUGUGACAGCGAAACCACGGUGACAUCACACCCCUCGCAGGACGUGACCACCCCCGUGGCUCCGAAACAGUUCGACUUGCCCGACGUGCGGACCGAAGAGUCGCCGCCACCCGCUGCCUGGGCCGGGACGGCCGCCCAAGAAACCGAGAGUUCCCGGAAGCGGGAAGACGAUGGAGAAGGCCAUGAAGAGUCCGAGCCGGUGCCGCAGUACAAGGCCCACCAGCUCCCCAAGAACAUUGCGGCGGGACAUGACGCCCCAGAACCUCAGCAAGAUCCCAAACAAGAAGAUGCCCGAGCUUCUCAAGAUGACUCCCAGAAGGAUCCACCGCCCUCCGAGCCGUUGGAUUCGCCGCCCUCGGAUCCGCCGCCCUCGGAUCCGCCGCCCUCGGAUCCGCCUCCCUCGGAUCCGCCGCCCUCGGAUCCGCCUCCCUCGGAUCAGCCGCCCUCGGAUGUGCCUCCCUCGGAUGUGCCUCCCUCGGAUCCGCCGCCCUCGGAUUCGCCGCCCUCGGAUCCGCCUCCCUCGGAUCAGCCGCCCUCGGAUCCGCCGCCCUCGGAUGUGCCUCCCUCGGAUCCGCCGCCCUCGGAUCCGCCGCCCUCGGAUCCGCCUCCCUCGGAUCCGCCGCCCUCGGAUCCGCCUCCCUCGGAUCCGCCUCCCUCGGAUCCGCUGCCCUCGGAUCCGCCGCCCUCGGAUCCGCCGCCCUCGGAGCUUUCGCAAUCGCUUUCCUUGGGUCCCGCGCCGUCAGCUCAUGCCUCAAGUCUUCAAGCCGCUGCAGCCCGGGCUCACCCUUUCCGUCUCCCUGCCUCGGACUCCCCCGUCCUGAGUGCGCUGAGUCGCGUUAAGCAGCGUUUGGGUGAAGCGGGCCCGCGCUCGAGCCGAAGGUGUCCUCGAAGCGGUCUUCCCUUGCAGAGGUCCUCUUCUCUCCCAUCCUCGCUGCCGUCCCCCACCAGGGUGGUCUCGUCCGUCAAGGUCCAGUUGGGGCCGGACCGGGCCUUUAGCAGUCAGCCCCGCUACGCCUUCCGCUACGUCCGGGAGCCCGACGACGAGCCGGAGCGGGCCGACUCGCCCACCUGCAUUUCCACCCUGGUGAUCCAGAACGCCGCCACGUCCGACGAGCGAGACGCCACCGCCGCGCCGCGUCCCUUCGAUCGCUUGUCCCGCCUGCUGGGAUGCGCCAGCCCCCCCGCCGAGGUGCCCUGGAUCAGCCAGAGCGUCCCGAAUCUUUCGUCCGCUCGGGAGCCGCUCGGACACCGUCGGCAGGGCGGGACCCCGCUCCCGGGACGAGAUAUCUUCCUCUCCCCGAACCCCAGCCCCAGACCGCAGACCCCUUUGUCCGCCCCCUCCUUCAACCCGUCCCUGCUGUACAGCACGCCCCCGCAUCCCUACGCCAGCCUCCCCAACAUCCUCCAGCCUUAUUCCAACCACUUCACCUUCACCCCGCCUCCUUUGGCUACGCCGCCCCACUACGCCAGUCUGUGGAACCUACCUUUGGGAACUCCCCCCGUGCACCCGUACCACGCCGGCACCUACCACAUGGCACACCCUUUCGUGGCCCCGCCUUACCUGGGUUACCACGGUUACGACCCCGGAACCUUCCCCCCGUUGGCUCCGGACCCGGCGGCGCAUUGGGGUGGCGGACUCCCGGGUCAAGCCCAGUGUCCCGGCCCCCACCACGGUAUCGGGAAUAACUCUAACCCUAAUCUGGGUCAGAGCCCCCACCCGGGUGUCGGCCAGGGUUACGGCCCCUACCCCGGCGCCGUCAACGGCCCUCAUCUGGGUCACGGUCUCGCUCACAGCCCCUACCUAGGCGUCGGCCCGGGAACCUACCCGGGUCUGGGCCCGGGUCUCAGUCCCGGUCAUGGCCUGCACUCGUGUUCGAGUCUGGGAUCCGGUCAGGUGUUGUCUGGGACGGAGAUGCAGCUGAGGAGGGUCCUUCAUGACAUCAGGGGGACCGUUCACAAUCUCAACCAGCAGCGCGUCAACGCCUCGGACGUCCGUCCCGAAGACCCCCGCCGAAAGGACCUGGACGAGCUGCGGCAGAAACGGCGCAGCCUGGCCGCCUUCCGGACGCAGAUGCUCCAGCUGGAGUUGUCGCUCGUCCGCCAGCAGGCGCUGGUCUACAAUCAUCUGAGUCCCGCCGACAGGCUGGAGGUGGAGCAGCUGGAGUCUCUGCGUUCGGCCGUCAGAGACGAACUGCUGGCGUUGGAACAACAGCUGGAGGACAAACUGAUGGAGCUGACGCAAGACGCGGGGCCGCCCAAGGGCUUCGGCGUCGGCUCUGACGAGGCAUCGGCCAGCUCGGCGCUGCGAGCCGUGGAGCCGGUGUCGGACCUCCUGAGGGAGCAGUUCCUCCUGCAGUCGGAGCUGAGCGACGACCGGCACGCCGCCUCCUCGGGGCCCCCCCUCGGCCCGGGGCCGGGCGCCGGCGGGCCCGCCGUGUACCGGGCAUCCAUCAACAUCACCCCGGUGCCGCCCCCUCGCCCCGACAGGCGGCGGGAAGAGGAGGCGCCGGGGGCGGGACGAGGCCACGGCGACGCCCUGCGCCUGCUCAUCGCGGAGGUCGGUGAGAGCGUGAAGCGGGAAGAGAUCUUAAAGGAGCCGUCGGCGCCCGACGGGGCGCCCCGCCUGUAGUCCGGCCGGCGCGUCUGCAGCCCCGCGGGAGAGCAACACUGAACGUCGACUACACUGUGCAGCGCCCGCCGGCCCGUGGCAAAACCAGCACCGAGCGACCGGCGAGCACUUUCACCUUUGCUUCGGUUUGCUUCAGCCUUGAACGCCCGCCGACACGAACGCCCCAAGCACGAGCCGUCUGGACGUCAGCGGGAAGCGUACCUGCUCGUCGCACCGGCGCCGGCCCGAGCCCGUCAUUAUUGGGAUCAAAAAGUAAGACCGGGAGCAGCUCGCCGCUCAUCAGGACCGGUACCAACACAUUGAACCAAAUCCACCGACCGGGACCUCUUCUGUGCAGCGGCGAGUAGGGCCGGCUCCGGUCAACGGGGGCAGCGAGUCGGACCCGGACCGCUCGACGAGACUCGUAUCCGAAAAUCAGAUCAGUAAACGCAACCGAGCCCUGUAAGAAGAAACGAUUUGCCGAGGCAUCGGGACCUCGAAGUGGACCCGGUCGCCAGGACCAGAAUCGGAACCAGCAAACGCAUCUUCAGAAAAUUGGACGAGGAACCGUAGAAGCCAGGACCACUCGGACCAAAGACCAGUAACCUAACAGCACUGUUUAGUUUAGUUUUUUGUCUCUUUUUUUCGUGGGAAAGAUUGGGAAAGAUGGUGUUCGUGAGUAGUGAGAGAGCAAAUGUGUGCGUGGGCUAAAUCGACGUUUCCAUGAAUACACUCCAGCAUCGUCGCUUGUGAAAGGAGUUGCCGCGCACCGCCGUCGGCCGCGAGCGUCCUUUUAGCCGUACCGUGGGUGGUGUUCAAACACGACCGCUGAGAAAAGCUCUUGGUUGUUUGCUAACAUGAUCACCAACAGGCUAGUGAUAAGUUUGGGGCUAGGCAGCUACCGCUAAACAAAAAUUGACGUUCCUCGCCAUGUUGCUCAUCUGUUGGCGUUGUUGAUUUUGUACUGAGCCGGUCGCGUUGAAAUGACAUGCUACGUGUUAGCCGAGGAGACAUCUUUUGUUGACUAGCGUGCGUGCGAGCAACGCGUCAAGGCUUGUUCAAAUUGAGUUAGCUAUUAUAGCUAGUAUGCCAACCGAACAGCUAAGGAGGAGGCCGUUUAUUGAUGGUCCAGAUGUUUGUUUUUUUUAAAUCAUCAUUCAGAACAUACAGUUCAGAGAGGGAAAAAAAGGGAUGUUCGCCUGUUCGCUAAUCUAUUAGCGUCAUCUGGUUUGCGCCACAUUUCUGAGCUAUCUCACCGUUAUUUUAUCGACACUAUGUUCAUAGCUACGGUUCAUAGCUAAAAUAUGGACGGACACGUUUGUUAUUGGUGGAAAUGUUGAAGUCCAGAUGGGGCUGAAAGGGUUGUUGCGCGUAUGUUGUCAAAUGAGG